UUUUUUUGUCCCAGCUGAGUUGCCGUACGCGGAAAUGUCGUUGUCAAACCAAAGCUCACCUAGAAGAGAAGCGAUAUCUGUCAUUCAGCAGGUUUGUUUUGAUCAGACAACGUGGUGAGCAGAUCUGCUGGUGUGAGAUGGCAGAUGCUUCAGCUCAUGGUUUUGAAGCGGAGCCUCUGAAGGGUGGAGAGGCAGAAGGGAGCGUGUCUAAGGAGAAAGGCUGCGCAGGAACGCGGGGAUUGUCCCACCUGACAGGCUGGCGCACAGCAGCGUUGCUCCUCUCUCUCUUCGUGUGCCUGAUGGUGGUCUUCGCCUUUUCAUUCAUCCUUCCCUGCCCCGUACGGCCGCAAUACCUGCCCACCUGGAACCACACGCUCCCUGCCGCAGCCACAUAUAAUUUCCUGGCUGUUGAGGACGCCAACGGAGACAAAGUCUUGGAUGUGUUCUUCAUGUACAAGGAUGCUGAUGAGAGACGCAACACAUGUUUGAGUCGAAAUUUAUCAAUCCCCUGUAUGGUUUUAACGGCUGUUGAUGGUACGGAUGGGAAGACGCUUUGGAAAACACCUUUAGCUGCUGAAUUUGAUUGGGUGGAGUGUGGCGUAAAGGGGCUCGGAAGAAAAGGCUCAGGAUGUCUGGUCGCUCACGCAGACAAACUCACGGCGGUCGACACAAAGUCCGGUGAGAUAAUGUGGCGGCAGUCGCGCUCUAAUGUGACGGAUGGAAAUCUCCCGCUGAUCGGCGCUGUGGAUCUGAAUGCUGACGGAGUAGACGACUUUGCUGUGCUUUCAUAUAAUCCGGAAGCAUCAUCGUUCACACCCAUACCGACCGAGCUGGUGUUUUUCUCCGGGAAGUCAGGUGAUCAGAUCGGCUCACGGGUGGAUGUCGAUGUGAAUGGGGUUAUCGGUCAUCUACCGUUCAAAACGGCCAGCGGUGCUCCAUACCUGCUGUUACUCAAUGACUCAGGGCUGUACGCGGUGUGUGUGCAACAUCUGGCAGCUCGGGCUGGUCUGAAGUCUGCGCUGAAGAAAGAGAAAAGCUGGGAGGAAAGAUCAGAUGGUCAAACUGGAUUAGUCUCACUCUAUCAGUCUGCUUCUCUAAAGCGUGUGUCGGUUGUUCAUGACGGUAGUUCUCCAUCACUGCUGGUCCAAACGGACUCCAGCGUGUCACUGCUGCACACAGACAAACUGAAGAUCGCAUGGACCACCAACACCAGCGCUCUGCUCAGUGUGCCCACAUUUGGGCAAUUCGACAAAGAUGGAAUUCCAGACAUAAUGAUAGAGGAAGACAUUGGCAAUGACACCAAAAGGGUACUGGUUCUCAGCGGACACUCUGGAGAGGUCCUGUGGAAGCUCAAUCUGUCAUUCGGGACUUCAAGUCCUCGUCCGGCGUCUGUCCUGACGCAAAACGCUUUCUCAGUGUUCAUGCUUUGGGGACAGGGUCACAGCAACCAGACAAUGCAGUCAUCAUUCCUGCUGCAUCCUCGACACUCACAACUGCUGCUCGAAAGAAGAAAUUCUGCGCAGAACAUCGUCUCUUUUAAGGCAUCGCUGUUGGAGAAAGGUCGCCACGCCUGUUACCUCGUUCUGACUGGACCGGACGGACGACGGCACGCUGAAUUAGGCGAGACGGAGCCUGUGAUUCUGACCAAACGGAAGAUAAAGGACGACGUGUCGGUGAGCGGCGUUCUGGGAGUAGCAGCCGAUGAACCAAUCUCUGAAGACAUGGAGAAGUCCGUGAAGGAGGCCUUCCACAUGCUGCGCUUCAGCGACGCACUUUACUGAAACACUAAUCUUCAACCCAAAGGUCAUACAGGCUAAAAGCCAGUUGCUGCAUGCAGAACUUGCACUCUUGAAAUCCAUGUCUCGACCGUUUUAUUUACAAUAUCUGACUUGGACUAAGAAUAAAACCCAAGACACUAAACCAAAUCAUGAGGGCUUUCCCCCUGAUACGAUAAAAGCGAAUGUAUUUAUUUAGAAGGGACACAAACGUUCGGCUCAUGCUGCAUGAAAAUCAUAAACUACUGUAAAGCAUCAGAUUUCUGCGACUGUCAAGAGGUACAUUUACAUUCAGGAGUAUCUGGGAUUUCAUAUAACGGUGAAUCUCGUGCAGAAAAGUCCAGGUCAUGAAAAAUUGGAAAUUAGCAUAAAUGUCCUAAAAAAUAUAUAUUUAUAAAAUAUUUAUUAAAUAAAUAAAAGAAUUCACACUUGGACAAAAAAAGGUCUUAAUUUUCUUGAGCAAAUGUUCCUACUUUUGAUUCAGGUUUGAAAUAUGACCUGGACAUGAGAUUCAUUGUGCUUUUUUCAUUGUAUUUUUGUGCCUUAUUAGAGUGAUGUUUUAUUUAACACUACAGUGGAGGAGUUUACAUAAAACUAAAACAAGGCCUAACUUAGAUGUGUGUGUGUCUUAGUUUGCAGUUUAUUCGUUAGGAUGGAGACUUUGUGUCUCGUUUAAAUGGUUUGAUGAGUUUGGGAGAGUUUGUUUUGUUUUAUUCUGCUGCUGUUGUUAAAGAUGCACCUUUGCAAUACUGUUAACUCACUGUGGUAUGUUUCACAUAAUGCUGUACAUUUAGUGCCUCAAAUAGGGUUCUGAUCACUAAAGGUGCAGUUAUGAGUGUCCGUCUGUCUGCUUUGGAUCUUAUCUACAAAUGUGGGUUUAAUUUAAAGUAGGGAUGUAGACAUUUCUCUGAACCAAUGAGCAGAAUCUUGUAAAAUCAGAGCUUUAAAUCGUCUUAGGUUUUCUACUUUCACAGAAGAACCGGACGAUCAGCUGCACCAAAUCCAGAUGCCUUUCAAUCUAAAGAAGCCAAAAUAAAAAACACUGUGGAUAAAGUAGUAGUAGAUGAACAUGUUUCAAAUAAAUCGGUGGAGUUGAUGCUUUGUAUUUAUUAGAGUGAGUUUUAUUAAUAAUUAGUUAAGUCUAAGUUCACUGAUUUUGUAAACCUGUAGAUCAGGUCAAGAAUUUUGCAUCUGCUACAGUAUUUUCUGUCUUUAUUUGAGAAUAUUCUACUUGAUUGUACUGUUACACUGUAAUAAACAGAGUUCAUCCAGUGCUUCUGUUUU